AUGGCUUCAGAAAAAAGCUCGAGAUUUGUAAUUCUUUAUGCUUCACAAACUGGAAAUGCUGAAUGGAUCGCUAAAAAUAUACAUCAAGAAGCUUCGGAACGUGGUUUUGUUAAUGAAUGUUAUGUAAUGGAGGAAAUUGACAAGUUCGAUUUAUCGAAGGAAAACGUUUUGAUCCUUGUAACUUCCAAUACUGGAGAUGGUGAUCCACCAGAUAAUGCUACAAAGUUCUUUCGAUUUUUGAGAAAAAUUAAAUCAAAUACUUUUCUUAGCCACUUAAAAUUCACAAUCCUCGGUUUGGGUGAUACUAAUUACACUAAUUUCAACAAUACGGCAAAGCGAUUGGAGAAAAGAAUGAUAGAUUUAGGUGCUGCACCCUUUUAUAAUAAAGGUUUAGCCGAUGAUGCGAUGGGCUUGGAAACAACCGUUGAUCCUUGGAUUGCGAAUUUAUGGCCAGAAUUAGUAAAAGUAUGUGUUCAAAAAGGAAAGGAUAAUAAUAAUACGCAAGUCGAAAAUAUUAUCGAAUCUGUAAAAACUCUUUCGAUUAAUGGUAAAACUGAGAGCAAUGAAACGUCUUUACCUUUGGAAACACCAAAUGGUCAAUCAGUUGAUAAAAAAAUGGGUAUUGCGAGCGGCACUAAAAUUAUGUUGGAUUUAUCUGAAUUAGCUAAAGUUGAGCAAUUUACUGCUUUACCACGUAUUCCUACUGUGAUCUGCAAGAUUAUAAAAUCAAAUGAGGAAAGGAUAAUCAAUUCUCCGACAUUACCUACUUUAAUUAAUACACCAACUCCAAUUGUGAAUACUAGAUUAGAUGCAGUUCGUUGUCUUACUCAUCCCGAGGCACUUAAAAGAACUAUCCAUUUGGAGUUGGAAAUUAAAGAUUAUCGGGAAAAAUUGGAAUUUAUUCCUGGUGAUUCCUUUGGAAUCAUUGCACCCAAUAAUGAAAAAUUAUGUUUGGGAAUUUUAAAAACUUUAGAGAUUGACGAGAAUGAAGCCAAUCAGGAAAUUUCAGUCGAAAGCGCUGAGGGAACUGAGCUUCCAUCGCACUUGAGAAAUGCUAAAUCGACUUCGAUUAUUGAGUUAUUGCGAUAUGGUGUAGAUUUAAACUCUUUGCCACGUAAAGCAUUAUUGAGAUUGUUGGCUGAAUAUACAACAAACGAAGAAGAAAAAAAAACUCUUCUGUUUCUUUGCAGCAAACAAGGAUCUGUUCAGUUCAAUCUUCUGCGUGAACAAGUUCCAACUUUGCUUGAUCUUUUGAUAACAUUUCCUUCGAGUAAACCGCCUUUAGAACGUUUACUAGAUGUUCUGCCACCUCACCAACCUCGUUAUUACUCUAUUGUUAAUUCUCCGCUUGUGAACCGAGAUUUAUUACAUUUUGCUUUUAAUAUCGUAGAUUAUAAAACACCAGUCCCUUACAAUGUACGUAAAUAUGGAGUUUGUACUCCGUGGCUGGACAAUUUGAGUGGUUAUGCCAAAGAAAUUAAUAAAAGGGUUCCCUUAACUACGGAUAUAAACAUCCCUAUUUUCAUGAAGCCAAACUCUAAUGAAUUUGCAGUUCCUUCAGAUAUUUCAAGACCUAUAAUUAUGAUCGGUCCUGGAACAGGUGUUGCACCUUUUGUGGGAUUUAUUCAACAUCGUGAGCAACAAAUUAUUGCUGAACGAAAAUUAAAUAAUAUUGAAAAAACAUUUGGAGAAAUGUGGUUAUUCUACGGAUGUAGAGAUAUUGAGAAAGAUUAUUUAUACCGUGAAGAAUUGGAGAGAUUUUCAGAAAAUGGUUUUUUGAAAGAAUUGUUAGUUGUAAUUAGUAGAGCACCUAAUGCUGGACUUAAUGGAAAUCCAAAAUAUGUUCAAGACCUUUUGAGAAAGAGAGGUCAAGAAAUUUAUGAAUUACUGGAUCAAAAGAAUGCGAUGAUUUUUGUAUGUGGAGAUGCUCAAGGUAUGGCUAAAGGUGUUAAUGAUGCUUUGGCCGAUAUUUUAGUUGAGCAUGGUAAAAUACAAAAAUCAGAUGCAUUAAAAAUUUUGACUCAAUGGAUCAGUGAUAAGCGUUAUUUGCGUGAUUUGUGGUCAUGA